CGCACCAACACCCCGCCUCAGAAAUCCCAAGAUGGUGUACCGGCUUUUUUGUUUACACUUGUUUGAAUCUUGUUUUUCACACAAAAAUUAAAAAAAAUGAGUGAAAACGGUCGUAUGCGGCUUAGAUCUUCCGUUCCGCAGGAAGAAAGGGAAGCAGAAAAACUGAAAAAACAAAAGGAGGAAGAGGAGUUUCGGAACAGGCCUCCAAUUCAGUUUAAAGGCAAAAAAAUCUACAUCAGGGAUUUUAUCGAAUGUGCCCUCGCCUGCGACAAUUUGAUUAAAUUAGCCGACGAGGCUGCUGAUGUCCUAGUGCUUGGCUUUGACGUCGAAUGGCCGUUUUCGUUCCAGACCGGCCCUGGAAAAGCGGCCCUAAUUCAGAUAAGCCCCGACCUGGACACGUGCUAUUUAAUUCAAAUAAGCGACCUCAAAAAACUCCCCAAGGGGUUGUCAGUGCUGUUGGCUCAUCCCAAAGUUAGAAUCACAGGAGUCAACAUUAAAAACGAUAUUAGGAAGCUUUCACGGGAUUUUGCCGGAUUUGACGUUGAGAAAAACAUUGAGAAUUGUAUUGAUAGCGGCGUUUUGGCAAACCAAAUAUUACCUUUCCAGCAACGAUGGAGUAUGGAAAGACUAGUUACAUUUUUGUUAAAAAUGACGAUUUCUAAAGAUAAUAAAGUGAGGAUGAGUAAGUGGCAUGUGAGCCCGUUAAGCAAGGAACAGCUGGAUUAUGCAGCCACAGACGCUUAUGCGUCUCUAGUGUUAUACAACGAGCUCAAGAAGAGGGAAGCACAGGAGGAAAAUGAUAGCGUUUAAUUGUAUCUAGUUGCUAGUCGAAUAAAUAAUUUAAUUUUGAGAGAA